CCCCGCCAGGCACGGCAAGGCCGGCCGGCAGCCAGGAUGCAGGCCCCGCACAAGGAGCACCUGUACAAGCUGCUGGUGAUCGGUGACCUGGGCGUGGGCAAGACCAGCAUCAUUAAGCGCUACGUACACCAGAACUUCUCCUCGCACUACCGGGCCACCAUCGGCGUGGACUUCGCGCUCAAGGUGCUGCACUGGGACCCGGAGACAGUGGUGCGCCUGCAGCUCUGGGACAUCGCAGGUCAAGAGAGAUUUGGAAAUAUGACCAGGGUCUAUUACCGAGAAGCUAUGGGUGCAUUUAUUGUUUUUGAUGUCACCAGACCAGCCACAUUUGAAGCAGUGGCAAAGUGGAAAAAUGAUUUGGACUCAAAGUUAACUCUCCCUAAUGGCAAACCAGUUUCAGUGGUUUUGUUGGCCAAUAAAUGUGAUCAGGCGAAGGAUGUGCUCAUGAACAAUGGCCUCAAGAUGGACCAGUUCUGCAAGGAGCAUGGUUUCGUAGGAUGGUUUGAAACAUCAGCAAAGGAAAAUAUAAACAUUGAUGAAGCCUCCAGAUGCCUGGUGAAGCACAUCCUUGCAAACGAGUGUGACCUCAUGGAGUCCAUCGAGCCGGACGUCGUGAAGCCCCAUCUCACAUCGCCCAAGGUUGUCAGCUGCUCCAGCUGUGCCAAAUCCUAG